UGUAUACUUUAGUUUUUAAAUUCUUAAAUAAAAAACCCUACUUUUCAUGACGUGAUUUUCUAAAGGAUUUUUCUCUGGAUUUUUCCACAAUUAAAUGAUGAACAUCUGUCCAAAAAUUCUAUUCAAAUCCAGUAAAAAUGACUCAUUUAUGAUUCUUUAAGUUGUCCCCAAUUUCCCGCAAUAAAAAACUACAACAAGAAAACCCCUUCCCAAAACCCGAGCACGAGUCCUACCUCCGACAAUUGUCCUUGUCUAAUGGGGGGCUGCUCCUCUAUAUUGCAUUGGCGGUGAUUCCUCUUUCAUUGCUUCCCGCUUGCUCUGCCCCUCCUCCUCCACCUCCGCAUCGUCGAGGCGCAUAAAAAGGCGCAUGGGCCACUUAAGGAGCGGCGGCAGUGCCCGUGCCCCCUCCCAUCCCUGCUUCUACCCUGGUUAGCCUUCGAGUGGCUUUAAUUGUGAAUUAAGACGGGUAUUGUGCGGCAAGAGAGAGACAGAGGGGGACAGGUACUGCCUGCCUGCCAGGGUUGCCAUCCAUCCCAGCCAAUGCCGAGGCCGAUUUACUGUGCUUUUGGUCCUUUGUUAUAUUUUUAUUUACUUGGGCAAGCAGCAUAAUUGUUGCUACUUUUCACGUGUCAAUCGCUCUCGAAUCUCGAAUGUCGAUUGUCAAGGACGGAGACCCUUCGAUAGGUUGCCUUCGUCUGUGAUCCUUUGCGAAGGCGAAGGUCAAUGAAAUAUCCGAUUUACGUAUCAAUACCUACUGUCUUUUGUCUUUUGCCACCUACUGUACACACACAGGAAGCACCCUGAGAGAGGCUCAGAGAAAUGGUGGCACAAAUAUUCCUACUGGUGAUAUGCUUCAUCUGCCUCAAGCAGUAUGCCAAAGGGGAAUUCCAACAAAGUCUAGCCAUCACAGACAUUCUGCCGGAGGAUAUCAAACGAUAUGACAAGAUGCGACCCCCCAAAAAGGAGGGCCAGCCCACGAUAGUCUAUUUCCAUGUGACGGUAAUGGGCCUGGACUCCAUCGAUGAGAACUCCAUGACCUAUGUGGCGGAUGUGUUCUUUGCCCAAACCUGGAAGGAUCAUCGCCUGCGUCUGCCCGAGAACAUGACCCAGGAGUAUCGUCUGCUGGAAGUCGAUUGGCUGAAGAACAUGUGGCGUCCAGAUUCGUUUUUCAAGAAUGCCAAGUCGGUCACCUUCCAGACGAUGACCAUUCCCAAUCACUACAUGUGGCUGUACAAGGACAAGACGAUCCUGUACAUGGUCAAGCUGACCCUCAAGCUGUCGUGCAUCAUGAACUUUGCUAUCUAUCCGCACGACACCCAGGAGUGCAAGCUGCAAAUGGAGAGCCUAUCCCACACCACAGAUGAUUUGAUCUUCCAAUGGGACCCCACAACUCCUCUGGUGGUGGACGAGAACAUAGAGCUGCCACAAGUGGCACUUAUACGCAACGAAACGGCGGACUGUACGCAGGUCUAUUCCACGGGUAACUUCACCUGCUUGGAGGUGGUCUUCACAUUGAAGCGGCGUCUCGUGUACUACGUUUUCAACACCUAUAUACCCACCUGCAUGAUCGUGAUCAUGUCGUGGGUGUCCUUCUGGAUCAAGCCAGAGGCGGCUCCUGCCAGGGUCACGCUCGGGGUCACUUCCCUCCUCACACUCUCCACGCAACACGCCAAGUCGCAGUCCUCGCUGCCGCCUGUCUCCUACCUGAAAGCCGUGGAUGCCUUCAUGUCCGUCUGCACGGUCUUCGUGUUCAUGGCUCUCAUGGAGUACUGCCUGAUCAACAUUGUCCUGAGCGACACGCCCAUACCCAAGCCCAUUGCCUAUCCGCCCAAGCCGGUGGCUGGUGAGGGGGCGGCCAAAAAGGAUCCUGAAUCGGGCGCGGCCGGGGGAGGAGGUGGUGGCAAUCCUCCUGCGGGCAGUAAGCCCACUAUGCUGCCACUGGCCGAUGAAAAGAUGGAGAAAAUUGAAAAGAUAUUCGAUGAGAUGACCAAAAACAGGAGGAUUGUGACCACCACACGCCGUGUGGUGCGACCGCCCCUGGAUGCCGAUGGUCCCUGGAUACCCCGCCAGGAGUCGCGUAUCAUCCUGACGCCUGGCAUCGCUGCUCAUCCGCCGCCACCGCCGCCGCCGCCAGUGGAGCCGGAACUGCCGAAGCCCAAGCUGACGCCCGCCCAGGAGCGGCUCAAGCGGGCGAUCUACAUCGAUCGUACAUCGAGGGUCCUGUUUCCGGCGCUCUUUGCCAGCCUCAAUGGCAUCUAUUGGUGUGUGUUCUACGAGUAUCUGUAAUAUGUGACAGACACUCCUCUCAGUGUCCUCCUGGUCCCCCUCUCUCUGUACAUAUGCUCGCUCUUAAACGUUGAUUGUUCGCAUAUAUAUCGCAUAUAUCGUAUAUAUACAUAUAUAUCUCUUAAAUCUUAAGCUUUCAGGCGCACAGAAGCUUUAAGUCGUAUGAAUUUUAAAACAUAGACAAAAUAUUGUUGAAAACACCACACACACUCUGAAGAUAUGAAUAAUAUUGGUAUUAUUAUUAAUUAUUAUUAUAAUCGAUAAAUAAUACAAUUCCUGCAACAAGCUUCAUGUUUUAGAGAUCCAGUUAAACUGACGUUGUAGCUGCUGUAGAAUUAAGCGGAAAACAUGAUUACUUCUAAUUAAUUUAUGUCUCAAACAAACAAAUGCUUUUAAUUGUAAAUAAAUAGAGAGAAAAAU